UGUGAUCAAGCCUGUAAAGACAAACUUAAAGUUUUCAACACUGACAUCUUUUUACACUCCUAAUCUCUCUGUUUUACAUCUGAUAUUCUGCAAUGUUGAGGUCUCUCUCCAUUUGUGCAGUCUUUUUAAUUCAUGGUGCUAACAGUUAUGAAUGUGAAAAGUCAGCUGAAACAUGUGAAACAUCUCUAUUGGUAUCUCAUCGUCUGACAAUGAUGCAUAAAAGAGUCGCUGUAUACUCAGCAGCAGGGAGGCUGUAUAAAUACGACGUGACUAAUGCAAAUGAAUCAAACCCUUUACCCAUAAAUGAUGUUAUUACAGCAGAUGGGUGGGAGGAUUCUCGUUUGGUUGUUGUGGCGAACGAUACAUUACCGGGUCCGCCUAUUAUUGUAUACGAAGGGCAAACAAUCAUUGUUCACGUUACAAAUCACCUUAAGUCGGAAGAGGUUACAAUUCAUUGGCAUGGAAUCACUCAAAAGGGAAGUCCGUAUAUGGAUGGAGUACCCUUUUUAACACAGUGCCCAAUAUCGCCUGGCCAAACGUUUGUCUACAGAUUUGUUGCAUCACAUAAAGGAACUUACUGGUAUCAUUCUCACGUUGGGGCCCAAAGAGCAAAGGGAUUGAUUGGUGCCUUGAUUGUCCGUGAGAAAUCAAGUUUGGAUAUGAAGGAACAUAUAAUGACUAUACAGGAAUGGAAUCAUGACUUCGAUGCAGAUUUGGAAGAUGCAAAAAUGGUAUUUGGAUUUUAUGAAAACAGAAAAAAAUUUCAAAGCUCUCAGUCACUUGACGGUCAAUUUUUUAGUAAUAUAAAAGCGCAAAGUGGUCUUAUUAAUGGACGCGGAAGAUAUUAUACUGAUGAAAAUAGUCAUAAUGAGGCUCCACUUGAGGUGUUCACGGUAGAACAAGGCCAACAGUACCGGUUCCGGGUGAUAGCAGCAGGACAGUUAUUUCCUUGGUCUAUUUCUGUAGAUAACCACCCGUUAACAAUGGUAGCAACCGACGGGUUUGAUAUUGAACCACAGAUGGCAGAUGCAUUUAUUAUAAAUGCCGGAGAACGAUACGAUUUCGUCAUUACUGCUAACCAAACAGUGGAGAACUAUUACAUUAGAGCCAAAACUCUCGAAAUAAACCGCAACACGACAGCGGAAGCUAUACUUCAGUAUCAUGGCGCCGAUCAAAAUGUCCAACCUACGUCUGUUCCUCGGCAGUGUACAGCUGACAAUCGAUGUGUUGUUGUAAAUUGUUUCUUUCUAUAUUACCCAGAAGACUAUUUUACCGAUUGUUUACCUAUUGGUAGUUUGAAACUAAAAUCUGAUACUGACCCGGCUCCACCUGUGCAUCAAGGAAAAUUCAAAGAAUAUUUUUUAAACUUUGCUUUUCCCGGAAAGAAGUAUUUUCCUAGUACUAUCAAUGGAAGAAGGUUUAUAUUCCCAACAAAAAAUGUUUUGGCUGAUCCUGAAGAUGCCAACUUUCCUUGUGAUAAAGCAGAUUGUGGCGAACAAAAACAUUGUUCUUGUACGCAUUCUUUAUCUAUUAACCGUGGUGAUACAGUCCAAAUGAUUUUUCUAAAUAUGGGACAGGGAACUGGCUGGGCUCAUCCAAUUCAUAUGCAUGGGCAUACGUUUUAUGUCCUUAAAAUGGGAUAUGCUAAAUAUGAUAACAAAACAGGAUUAAAAGUAGAGGGAAAUUCUGAUAUCGAUUGUAGAGGAGGAACUGAUCGUGCCAAUAGUUGGUGCAACAAUGCUACAUGGAGUAAUACCGCGUGGGCUAACGGAAAUGUGCCAGGAUUGGAAUUACUUAAGCCAGUAAGGAAGGAUACAAUUAUUGUUCCAAGUGGAGGUUAUGUUAUAACUCGUAUAAAAGCUGAUAAUCCUGGCGUUUGGUUCUUACAUUGUCACAUUGAACUUCACGCAAAUGAUGGAAUGGCCAUGCUUAUUAAUGAAUCGUUUCCUCAUCACCCAUCACCGCCCGCGGGAUUUCCUAAUUGCCAUAGUUAUACUGACAACGAACCACCAUCAUCUGCAACAACAACCCUUUCAUCAAUGACAUCCAAAUUUCCUUUUAACCAAGAACCGAGAAUCACUGUUGAUGAUUUUUACACUAAGAAGAAUUUCUGGAUUGUAGUUGGUAGUUUGUGUGGAGUUAUAUUUCUACAACUGUGUAUUGUUGUAUACAAAUGUAGUGAUUCAUCGAGGAUGCGAGAACAAAAAUACAAUAUGAAUGGGAAAUCUAAUCCAAACUUCAACAAUUAACUUAUUUAUAGAUCAACGGACUAUUUACAAUGAUCCAAAUUGAAUCCUCGUAUGACCUUACCCACACCAUACUACACUGAAAAGCUGCUACAGCAACUGGAGUGUAGACAAAUUUUCAAACAUGUUAAAUAAAUAAGAAUAGAAUGUGAAUCCUAUGGAAUAUUUUUAAUCAAUUUUAUUGUGUUUUGCCGUUGGAAAACAUGGAAAAGGGGAAUGUUUAUUGUCAAUUCAAAGUUAUGAUCUUAGCAUAAAACGCUGUACGUCGAUGGUAGUUUAAAACAAUCUUAAUUUAUCUUUUUUUAAAAUCUAAUACGGAAUUUAUGUCAACGUGUUUGUUCUUUAACCCGAAAGAUGCGCGAAUAGAACUUGCACGCGAAGAAAUCAACCUUUGUUGUAUGAAUAGCUAUGUACAAUGGUGGAUCAGGGCUAAUUUAUCCAUGAUGAUUACUAUGUUCAUAGUAAGAUUAUGCUAUGUGUACAUAUUAGAAUCAGUUCACAUUAACCAUGAUACCUGUGUACAUAGUAUGAUCAUGUCACAUGAACCAUGAUAGCUAUGUUUAUUUUAGGAUCAGACAAAAUUAACCAUGAAAGCUGUUUACAUAGUUUGAUCAGUUCAAAUUACAAAUAAUGAAAGUAAUAACCGAAUACAGGACAAAUGUGACGAUAUAUAUACAAUUGUAUAUUUAACAUCUUAUCAGAAGUAUGUUAAGCAUGUACGAGUAGUAUGCUUUCGCAAUGAAUUAAACUUAUGAGUACGAUAUAGAAGUUUGAGGUGCCAAAAUACUUUGUCCAUGACGUCAUCAAGACAUAAGAAUUGCUAAUGAACGCCAUAAUACCCUUUAGUUUCGUUAAAAAUGCAUUUUUUCCUCAU